AUGGCAUGUGAUCACGAUAUGCGCUUUGUCUUUGUCUAUGCCGGUUGGGAAGGCAGUGCACACGAUGCUAGAGUUCUACAGACUGCACUUUCAAAUGAAGACAUCACUUUUACGAUGCCUCUUUUAGAUAAGUAUUAUGUGGUUGAUUUUGCCUAUAAGAAUAUGCCCGGGUUUAUGGCGCCAUUUCGAGGUAUUCGCUACCAUCUGCAAGACUUUUCAGGCCGUGGUCGUGCUCCAAAAAAUUCAAAGGAAUAUUUCAAUCAUAUUCAUUCUUCUUUGAGGAAUGUGAUUGAAAGAACUUUCGGCAUACUGAAACGCAAGUUUGCUUUUCUCAAAGGGCCAAUGAAUAACUAUGAUUUUAAGAAGCAAGUGAACUUUGUGAUUGCUAUUUGUGUGGUGCAUAAUUUUAUCAAAGAACUUCAGCUAGAAGAUGAUAUCAUCAAUGAAUUUGCAAACGAAGAUUUAAUCAUGGACGAGGAAGUUGGAAGUGGAGGCAAUUUUCAAAGUGAAGUAGAAGAAGUUGAUAUGUCUACUCCUGCCAUAGUCCAAUAG